AAAAAGAAGUAAAAAAAGAAAGGAAUAAGAGAAAGAGAAGAAAGUUGAAGAUAUCGAGUUGGUACAAUAUUUCUAUUGAAUGUUCUCUUGAAUUGUGAUCCAUUUUAGUAAAGUUCAGAAAAGUACACGAUUAAUUUCGAUUUAACAUUCUAAUUUUAUUUGAUUAUUGACGAUACAGAGUUUUUUAAACUUACUACUCAACAAUCAUCAAAAAGUAAACAUAGGAUUGUUUUGUUGAAAUAUCAAGAAAACGUUUAAUUGAUUGUUUGGAUUUAAUUAUUCUAUAUUAGAAAUGUCUCUGUUUGGUUCACUUCUGGGCGAUUUAGACGAUGAUCCUUUUAUUGGGAAUCACAUGCGUCAGAUGAAUAGGAUGAUGAGCAGUAUGAAUUCAAUGUUCAGCCAACCUUUCGGUGGUUUACUCGGCCCAGGAGUAGGAUCUGAGUUAAUGCCAUUUGGAGGUCAUUCCAUGGGUGGUGGAUUGAUGCCUUUUGGUUUUCCAAACAUGAACCACAUGUUUCAGAAUAUGGAUCACAUGUCAAACAAUCCUAAUUGCCACUCUUAUUCAUCCAGCACUGUGAUGACUAUGACCAAUGGUCCUGAUGGAAGACCUCAGGUAUAUCAAGCCUCGUCAUCUGUGCGGCAAGGACCUGGUGGUGUCAAGGAAACCAAAAAAGCAGUGUCAGACUCACGAUCUGGAGUUAAAAAGUUGGCAAUAGGUCAUCACAUUGGUGACAGAGCACACAUCGUUGAGCGUGAGCAGAAUUUACGGACUGGAGAUCAAGAAGAGCGACAGGACUAUAUCAAUCUUGAUGAAGAGGAGGCAGAUGAUUUUAAUCGAGAGUGGAAACAGAAAACAAGACACUACAGCUCUCAACGCGCAAUUCACUAUCCGUCUGCUGACAGAUACGGUGCUCGGAGAUCCCGGGAACUCCCUGCACUUCCUUCCUCUUCUUCGUAUGUGCGGAAAUAUUGAUGUGAUCUGCAUACACUAAAAUAUUAUAUCAACCUUUAAAAGUAAGUAAUUUCGCGACGAGCUUGUUGUGUCCAAUGUUUGGAAUGACAGUCCCUCUUGCCUUCAAUGCCUGAUGAAUUUAUUGUUCUUUUUAUUUGUCAAAUUUAAUAAAUAUUCUUUUGUUAA